CCAAAAAAAACAAACAUAAAAACAAUUCACAGGAAGGACGAAACUCAAAAAAGCCAAAUGCAGUAUCUACUCAUAUCACCAUUUUCCCCCGUUAUUCAAUUCCAGAGAAUGAAGUGGAAAUGUAGGCAGGUAUAAUUAUUUCACUAUAUGCAGUAAUCCUCUGUUACUUCUUCCUUCAGAUCUACAUCGCCAUUGCAGCUCUUAACUACGACAGAGAAAACUCAAUCACACACAUUCAAAAUCAAUCAAAAUCUCCAAUUUCUUCCACUUCUUCGCGAAGAUCGAAGAUCGAAGCUCGAAGAUCGCUUUUUCAAUGGCGUCGAAUUUCUAGGGUUUUCCGAAAACGAUCGGAAAAUUGUAGUAGACGACACUGAGAAGAGAGAGAAAGAGAUCAAUCGGUUAUGGAAUCUCGACCUUCCCUUUCGGGAAGGUUUAACAUCGAAGCAGCAACAACGAGUACUUCAACAUCAUCAUCUUCACCACCAUCAAGAGAAAAUAGUAUCUCAAGAACAAGUUCAAAUUCAUCUCUUUCAAGUAAGUCAGUUUUUGAGCAUAAUCUUUCAUCAAUACUUAAUAAUCCACACUCUUCUCGAUCUAGCGAUGCUUCUUCAUGGCUUGGAUGGUGGUCUUCUUCAACCUCGGUACCUUUGCCCGAAUUUUCCCCAAUUAAUACGUCGAAACCUGAAUUAGAUGCUAAUAAAUCUGAUUUUCAACCGUAUUUGUCUUCGAUCUCUGAGCAUUACGCUCGAUUUGAGGAUAUUCGUAAUCAUAGUAGUCAGGAAAAUGUUGAUAUUAUUGAGAGUAUUGGAGGACAAGGUGAAGCAUUAGUUGCUUGCUUGAGAGAAGUGCCUGCAUUGUAUUUUAAGGAGGAUUUUGAGCUUGAAGAUGGGGCGACGUUUCGCGCUGCUUGCCCUUUCUCAACGAUGAAUGAGAAUUUGGUGCUUCAAGAGAGGUUGUCACAGUAUUUGGAUGUGGUGGAGAUGCAUUUGGUGAAGGAGAUCUCGUUGCGGUCGAAUUCUUUCUUUGAGGCUCAGCAGCAGCUAGGGGAUUUGAAUGUGAAGAUUGUUGAAGGGUGUAAGAGGAUUAGGGAAUUGAAGGAGACGAUUAGGCUGUUGGAUGCUGAUGUUGUCGGGUCCGCGAGGCAUAUUCAGGAGUUUAGUUCAAUGAGGAGCAACUUGUUGUCGCUUCAACAGAAACUCAGGCUUAUAUUAUACGUUAAUCAAGCUCUUGGCGCUCUCAAACUGCUUGUUGCAUCUGCUGAUUGUGCGGGAGCAUUGGAUAUCGCUGAUGAUUUGCGGCAAUUACUGGAUGGGGAUGAGCUGACGGGUUUGCAUUGUUUCCGUCAUCUGCGUGACCAUGUUGCAGCAUCAAUGGACUCCAUAAACAGCAUUCUAUCAGAAGAAUUUUUGCGUGCAUCUUUACAUGAUGCUGGGAAUUUGGAUGUUGUCAUUGUAUCCAGAGCAAAAGAAAGAGCUUCUGUACCCAAUAAUGGAAUACUUGAUGAUGUUAAGUUAGAUGAAGAAGAAACAUCUAGUUUCCGAGAUUGUGUUUUACCAAUUAUAAUUGGAUUGCUGAGAACGGCAAAACUACCAUCAGUCCUGAGACUGUACCGCGAUACACUUACUGCUGAUAUGAAAACAGCUAUUAAGACUGCUGUAGCAGAGUUGCUACCGGUUCUGAUUAUUCGACCUUUGGAGUCGGAAUUUUCAACUGGAGAGAAGACAAGUGAUGCAGAUGGUGGAGGUUCAUCUCUUGCGAGUAGGUUAAGGAGCCUUUCAUCUGAAAGCUUUGUCCAACUUCUUACAGCUGUUUUCAAACUUGUCCUGGCACAUUUAGUGCGGGCAGCUGAAGUUAAAAAGUCCAUUGAGUGGAUCAUGUCUAAUCUGGAUGGUCACUAUGCAGCUGAGUCCGUUGCUGCUGCUAUUGCACAUGGCGCUGCAGCUUCAGAGGCUGCACAAGAUAGUGACAAUCAUCAAAUAAAUUCCGCAGCUGCAUAUUCUUCCCAAAGAAAUGCUACCAAGGUUUCAUCAUUUCAAGGGAAGGCAAAUGAACUAACAAGUACAUCAAAUGUAUCGAAAAAUUUUCGAGCUGACGUGUUGCGAGAAAAUGCUGAAGCUGUCUUUGCAGCUUGUGAUGCUGCCCAUGGAAGGUGGGCAAAGCUCCUAGGUGUUCGGGCUCUUCUUCAUCCGAAAUUACGGUUGCCAGAAUUUCUUGGUAUAUACAGCAUCACCCAAGAGUUUAUAAAUUCUACAGAAAAGAUUGGUGGAAGGUUGGGAUAUAGUAUACGGGGUACGUUGCAGUCACAAGCAAAAGCCUUUAUUGAUUUUCAGCAUGAAUCUCGUGUGGCAAAAAUCAAGGCAGUAUUAGAUCAAGAAACAUGGUCUGAAGUGGAUGUUCCCGAUGAGUUUCAAGCCAUUGUUGCUUCAAUGCUUAGCUCAGAUUCUCUGCUUACUGAGAUCUCUGGUGAUGAUCAAGGUAGUGUAGUAAUCUCAAACAAUGGUGUGUCAACUGUAGUUGACAAUAUCAAAGUAUCCACCGGGGAGGAUCAUAUCGAACGGACUAAUUCGAACAAUGUUUCUGAUGAUGCUUCGACUCAAGAGAAAUCUCAGCAUUUAGGUGAGGCAAAUGAUGCAAGUAAACCUGAUGCUGUCGCUUCUGCCCACAGCAAAAAUAGCAAUACAAAGGACCUCCGAAAGUCAACUUCUCAAACAUUAAUAUGCAGGGGUGUUGGGUAUCACAUGGUUAACUGCGGCUUAAUAUUGCUGAAGAUGCUGUCGGAGUAUAUUGAUAUGAAUGAUAGUUUACCAUCACUUUCAUCAGAAAUAGUUCACCGUGUUGUAGAAAUUUUGAAGUUCUUCAACACAAGGACUUGCCAGCUAGUUCUUGGUGCUGGCGCCAUGCAGGUGUCUGGUCUGAAAUCAAUCACUUCCAAACAUUUGGCAUUGGCAAGUCAAGUCAUCAGUUUUACCUAUGCCAUUAUUCCUGAUGUCAAGCGGACUCUUUUUCUCAAUGUACCAGAGACCAGAAAACCAAUGUUACAAUCAGAGAUUGAUCGGGUGGCACAGGAUUAUAAGGUUCACCGGGAUGAGAUACAUACAAAGUUGGUUCAGAUUAUGAGAGAGAGGUUGUUGGUUCAUCUGCGAGGGUUGCCUCAAAUUGUUGAGAGUUGGAACAAACCAGAUGAUAUUGACACACAACCUAGUCAAUUUGCAAAAUCACUAACAAAGGAAGUUGGCUAUCUUCAACGUGUCUUAUCUCGGAUGCUUCAUGAAGCAGAUGUUCAGGCAAUUUUCAGGCAAGUGGUCAUAAUAUUCCAUUCACAAAUUUCAGAAGCAUUUUCACGCUUGGAGAUCAGCACUCCACAAGCAAAAUCCAGGCUUUACCGGGACAUCCAACACAUUCUUGGGUGCAUUCGGUCACUACCUACUGAUAUUGCUAGCAAGUCUGGUGUUGCCAAUUGGGGGCACCUUGAUGAUUUUUUGGCUCAAAGAUUUGAUAGUGAAGGUGAUCCAUAGACGUGAUAAUGUAGUGUUUAUACUCUUCUUCCGCUGAAGGCAUUGUUGCAGAAUGCAAUAGCCAGUGGCCAGCCUAUGCUAUCAUUUCGUGCAUCUGAAUCUAGCUUUAGAAAGGUGAUUGUUUGAAUACAAAGUAUAUGAGGUACAAUUUUUUAGAUUCGGGAUGUUCAAGGAGAAUUCGCAACUACCAAUUUUUUGUAUACUAGAUACGACAGUCAACAGACCUAAAUGAAUAGCAUCCGUGAGGCUUUGUUCCCCAGAACUAUUCCUCGCAAACUUUGAAGCAGGGAACAAAGAACACUGUAACGAUUUUCUGUGUCUCCAUUUACCUCAUUUCUUUUUGUUUUGCUUCAGUUUUGAUUGCCUUUUUGGUGAUCAUGUUCAUAUGAGGUGGUUGUACGAGUUCGGCGAUAUUGCAUAUAUGUUUCAUAAUUCUAAAUAGAAGAGAAAUUUGUUUCCUAUUCUUUUUCAACAUGAAGUAUCUAGUUUGAUUUGGCUGUAGCCUGUAGUUGUUUAUGCAGUAGGCCCAAAUGUGGUCAAUUCGGUAUGUAAAACGUACAAGAUAUACCAACGUCAAAUGUAUGACGUUUCCUGUACGAAUUUGCCUUAUCAUAUUGUUAAACUUAUUCUAUAUCUUCAUUUAUAAUAUAUCUCAAAAUUAGUGCUUUCAAA